AACUGUGAGACCCGGCGCAUCAGCGUCACCACGGUACUCACAGUGCCGGAAUCCGACGCCGGAGCUCGAAAAAUCCGGUGGUCGACGAGAUUGGUGCAGGGGAUCGAGGUGUGCAUGGACGCUGCGAGAUGAACGGCCAAGGUUUGUGGAGGAGGAGUCUGGUGAGUGAGAAGAUCAUGGCGGGCGAGCUCAUCUCAGCGGAUCACGGGAAGGGUUUCAGCGAGGCGGAGGGAAAGCAGGUGAAGAAGAAGAAGAAGACAAAGAAGGAGAGGGUGAAGGGGAAGAAGGGGCCGCAGCUGCUGCCCUACGAGGCGCUGCCGGAUUAUCUGAAGGACAACGAGUUCAUUCUCGACCAUUACAGGGCCGACUACUCGCUGAAGCAGGCGUUCCACAGCUUCUUCUGCUGGCACAACGAGACCCUCAACGUUUGGACGCAUUUCUUGGGGUUCGUGUUGUUUCUCGCCCUAACCAUUGCAAACUCCACCGAGGUUCCUGAGAUUGCAGAUAUCCUUUGGAAUUUUUCCAGAUCAUUUUCGCCGGUGGAUAUAACCAACGUUUCUUAUACCCUAAACAACACCUUGCAGAGCACAAUUCGUCUGGACUUGGCGAAGGCCACAACCGACCUUCACUCCGAAGGGCUGCCGGUAACCAGGUGGCCACUCUUCGUGUUCCUCGGCGGCUCCAUGUUCUGCCUCCUCUCCAGCAGCCUCUGCCACCUGUUCGGCUGCCACUCCCACCAGCUCAGCCUCUUCCUCUGGCGCUUCGACUACGCCGGCAUCGCCAUCAUGAUCGUCGCCUCUUUCUUCCCACCAAUUUACUACAUCUUCCAGUGCGAACCACAAUGGCAGCUCAUCUACCUCGCCGGUAUCACGACCUUCGGUGUCUUCACCGUCCUCACUCUCCUCACUCCGGCGUUCUCCUCGCCAGAGUUCCGGUCGUUCCGGGCCAUGCUGUUCGUGGCUAUGGGCUUCUCCGGCUUGAUCCCGGCAGUCCAUGCACUGGUUGUGAAUUGGUCGGAGCCUAGGUGCUUAACGGUACUCGCAUAUGAGUUGGCCAUGGCAGCUCUCUACUCCACCGGCACCUUCUUCUAUGUCAGCCGGAUUCCGGAGAAGUGGCUUCCCGGAAAAUUCGACCUCGCCGGACACAGCCAUCAGAUAUUCCAUGUAUUUGUGGUUGGUGGUGCCCUGGCUCAUUAUGGUGCAACUCUUGUCUUUUUAGAUUGGCGUGGAUCGGUGGGCUGCCAAUGACAAAUCCAGCAUGGAUCUACCCAUUAGAAUGCAGCUUGUUUUCUGCAGGAAACUAAGUUCCAAGUUGGAUGAUACAACAAAAUGAAGUUCGUUAUCAUACACAUUUUUUAGUGCACCAAAGAUUGCAAUUGCAUAUGUGGUGAUAAUUUAUUCAUGGAUGUAAGUGUAUAACUUUGAAAUGUAUUGUUUUGUAACAAUUAAUAACAUUGAUGUCUUUGCCA